AUUCGUUUUGGAUCAUAAACCUUGUAACUCUUCUUCUUAUAGUACUUUUCCUUUUCCUUGCUUCCCAAGUCUCUGCUAUUGCCUAUUAGUGACAUUACCAAAUGGGUUCCUCCAAGUUGUUGGGCCUUAUAGCCACACUUCUCUUGGUACUUUUGCCCAUAGCUGCCAAAGGGGAUAUUGUUGAUGAUGUCCUUGGAAAAGUUUGUGAAGAAGUAGAAUGUGGGAAAGGAAGCUGCGUGGUGAAUACAAGUUACCCUUUGAACUUCAUCUGUGAAUGCCAAUCUGGAUGGAAACGAACCCAAGAUGAGGAUGAUGAUUUAUAUGCCACUAGCUUUCUUCCAUGUGUCAUUCCCCAAUGUAGCCUGAAUUAUGGUUGUCAGCCAGCACCUCCUCCAGUUCCAGAGAAGAGUUUCCCUCACAACUUUUCAGCUUUUGAUCCUUGCUAUUGGGCAUACUGUGGAGAAGGUAAAUGCAGCAAGAACAGGACACAUACACACAUAUGUGAAUGCAACCCCAAUUAUUAUAAUCUUCUCAAUAUCUCUGUUUUCCCUUGUUACAGUGAAUGUACUCUUGGAUCUGAUUGUUCAAGACUUGGAAUUAAAGUUGCAAAUUCAACCUCAUCCACAACCGUAGAUGUUGGCAGUCAUGCAGCAAGCUCAAUCUUAGGAGGAACGUACCAUUGGAUGGUUAUGUUGCUGAUGUCGGCGGGAGUGGUGAUGUGGAGCUAGGUGUGAUGGCGAAUUAGUUUUGUUAAUUUUUUAUUUCAUUGUUCUAUGUCCUUAGUUAUUUUUGUGUAAUAUACCAAUAGAGUUUCAUUAUAGCAUUUACAAAUAAAGACAUGGCUCAGUCAUCCGCAGAAGAUGACUAUUAUAUUGUAUCAUUCCCAUCUACUCUUACCCUUCGUAUAUACUCUUCUUAUAUAUUCAUACUAA